CACACCUCCAUAUCCUCGCCACCUCCUCUUUUGUGAAGUUCGCCAACAUCGAGGAGGACACGCCGUCGUAUCAUCGCAGCUACGACUUCUUCGUGUCUCGCUUCAGUGAGAUGUGUCACUCAGAACACGAAGACGCCGACAUCCAGAACAAGAUCCGUGUGUCGGGGAUCCGUGGUCUGCAGGGCGUGGUCAGGAAGACGGUGGACGACGAGCUGCAGGUGAACAUUUGGGAGCCUCGUCACAUGGAGCAGAUUGUCCCUGCUCUGCUGGUCAACCUGCAGCGCCGCGCACACACCAACAGUGAGUCUCCAGCGGAGCAGACUGAGGUAUGUUUCAGGGAGCUGUUGAGUCGAGCUGCUUAUGGACACAUUAACAACGCUAUCAGACCUGUGCUGAUGCACCUUGACAGUCACAGUCUUUGGGAAGGAAGACGUUUUGCUGUUCAGUGUUUUCAGAUCAUCAUGUUCUCCAUCCAGUCCCAGCACUCCCACCUGGUGAUCCAACAGCUGCUGGGUCACCUGGACGCUAACAGCAGGAGUCCGGCGUCAGUCCGAGCUGGGAUCGUGGAGGUCCUGUCUGAAGCUGCUGUUAUAGAAGCUUCUGGAUCUGUAGGUCCCACUGUGCUGGAGGUGUUCAACACGUUACUGCGACAGCUCAGGCAGAGCGUUGACUACCAGCUGACUGGUUACUAUGACAACACCGGAAAACACAAAACCACCUCGACUGAAGAGAAGACGCUGCAGGACGCCGUUAUAAAAACUAUUGGAUCCUUCGCCAAUACGCUGCCCGUCUACCAGAGGUCAGAGGUCAUGCUGUUCAUCAUGGGAAAGAUCCCCGUUCCUGGAAUCUACCCCGCCCUGGGGUCACCCAACGCCGGGUUUGAAGGCAGCAGAAUGAUCCAGGUGAUGUUGCUCAAGUCUCUGCUCCAGGUGUCAGAGCGGUAUGAAAGCAGUAACCUGUUGACGACGCUGCCCUCUUCCUUCCUGGAGCCCCUGCUGUCCUUCACUCUGAUGGAGGACCCAGAGAUCCGUCUGCUGGUCCUUUCCAUCCUCACCUCACUCAUUGACAGACGCCACAAUGCCACCAGACUCGGCGCUGCCAGCGUGACGUUUGAUGUCUCGGCGUUGGAGCUGAAGGAGGACAGGUGCUCCCGACAGGACAACUUGUUCAUCAGGAAGCAUGCGCAGCGUCUCUACCGUCACGUCUACCUCACCUGUAAGGAGGAGAGCAGUGGGCGGGACCACUACCAGGCCCUUGGCACCUUGCUGGCUGUAGUCAGUCUGGAACUGGCCAAUGAGGAGGUGGUGGUAGACCUGAUCCGCCUGGUCCUUGCUCUGCAGGAGCUGGCAUUGUCCAAUCAGGAGUGUCUGUCAGUGUUCAACCGCUGUGGAGUUCAUGCCAUCUGCGCCGCCUUCCUCCACCUGUUGUCCCAGCUCGGUCCUCCUCCACCUCUCCACCAUCAUGUCACGCAGGUGAUCGAAAGUCGCCAGGGUGGUGCGUCACACCUGCUGCCUGAAGAUGUUUUUUGUGACAAGCCCAGACUGCCAGAAGGUGAGCUGAAGGUAGACGAAACCUUUCUGUUCAUCCAGUCGAAGAUCUGUGAAGCUCUGACAGGAAGCAGCUACAGCACACACACCGAACGCCUCAACACACCCUACACACCUCAGAUAACAGAUGAGGACCGUCUGUCCAAGAGGAAGAGUAUUGGGGACGUCAUCUCUCUGCAGAUAGACAUGGACCCUCAGUACUGUCCUGAUACAGAGCAGAAACCUCAGGUGGAGCAGAUCACCUUCGAGACGCUGAAGAACGCCAUUGAGGACAGAGGGAGUGUGGAGGAGGAGGAGAGGCGGAGGAGGAUGCAGGUGGUGGAGAAGUUUCAGACGGCUCCGUUUGAGGAAAUCGCCGCUCAUUGUGGAGCCAGGACGUUGCUUCAGGCUAAACUGGACCAGGUCUUCGACUUGAUCAUCCGUCCUCCACCGUCUCCGUCUGGACACUCACCGCCUCGCUCAACCCCUCUCUACGAGAUGAAGUUUCCUGACCUCUGUGUCUAUUAGACCUUCUUUCCUUUUCUUGUGUGAUGUGUCCUUGUAGGUGGCAGAGGAAGGAGGUAGGAAAGGAGAUGAAUCAGAUUUAACUAAGGGACUGAUUGACCAACCUGUUGUUGACCUUCUCUGGUGUUUCCUGUUUUAAUGUCUGUUGCUCCUUCAGUUUGAGCUCUGCACCAAAAAAUCUGCACCAAUAAAACAUCAAAUGUUUAUUGUUUCUUUUCAUCCAUGAGCUGUGACGUUAAUGUUCUGGCAGCGCAGUUCCACCAGUGCAGUCUCAUAAACACAAUAUCUGAGGAGCGCCUUGAAGGA